UGCCCCCCAUCCGCGCCCCCUCAUGACCACACACCCCCCGCCUGGCCACUACGACGACGACGACGAAGACGACGACGACUACUCGGGCGACGAGGAGGACGAGGACUACUCCAACAGCGAGAUCUCGUCCGACGGCGAGUACAGCUCCGAGGAGCGCAGCUUGCCCCCACCCGAGGCCUCUGACUUUCUGCAGUUUGGCAGCAGUCUGCAAGUAAAAGGUGGUAUUCUGACAGUAGCUGAUGAUCUGCUGAAAAACGACGGGAAAAAGUUCAUCGAGAUGAUGGAGCAGCUGGCCGAGCGCAGAAUGCAGAGGGAAGAGGAGGCUCAGUACCAGGGCCACCCCACCAGCAUGUAUCCGCCCCACACCGCACACCGCCACGCUCCCCCGCCGCCCGAGGAGGACGAGUUCGACGACGAGGGGGACGAAGAGGAGGGCUACGAGGACGACGACUACGAGGAGGAAGACGAGGAUGAGGAUGACACCAUGACCGAGGAGCAGAGGAUGGAGGAGGGGCGGCGAAUGUUCCAGAUAUUUGCCGCACGAAUGUUCGAACAGCGAGUACUGCAGGCGUAUCGAGAAAAAGUAGCUGCAGAGCGCCAACAGAGGCUGCUCGAGGAACUGGCAGAGGAGGAUGAGCGUAAAGACCUGAAAGAGGCAAAGAAGGCCAAGGAAGCCCAGAAGCGCAAAGAGAAGAAGGACAAGCAGAAGCAAGCAAAGGCGGAAGAAAAAGCGCGCAAGGAUGCUGAAAUAGCCGCGAAGGAAGCAGAAGCAAAGGCUGCGGAGGACAAGCGGUUGGAAGAACAGCGCAAGAAGCGGGAGGAGCAGCGGAAGAAAAAGGAGGUGGAACGGAAGGCCCAAGAAGAGGAGAAGCAGCGAAAAGAAGCCGAGCGUCUGAAGCGUCAGCAAGAAGAGCGUGAACGACAGCAGGAGACGGAGAGGAAAGCGCGCGAGCAGAAGGCACAGGAGAAGAAAACCAAAGACGAAGCCAAGCGGAAAGAGCGCGAAGAGCGGGAGGCCAGAGAAAACGACGCUCGCGACAAGAAAGCACAGGAGGACAAGGAGCGCAAAGAACGCGAGGCAGAAGCAAAAACGAGAAAAGAUCGCGUUCGAAAGGAGGAACAGGCGCCUGCUGCUGCAUCCCAAAACGCUGUCACCGGUGCGAGAAAAGUGUCACAACCGGUUGCUGUCGCAUUGCCACCUCAGCUGCUGAAGCAGAACUCGUCUACAGGAAUGCCAUCACCUCACGUAACGCCAGCCGUCCCCAAAGCGCCUACACCAAAUCGACCUCGACAGACUUCGCAGCAAGGCUCGCACGGCUCCUCACCAAAGACGCCUCAGGUCGCGCCUGGUACAAGCAACUCGAUAUCUCCUACGUCGCACGCUCGGAACACAAUGAUGCCCAAGUCUAUCCUGACGAAGCCAUCUGCCACACAACACUCUACUCCUACCCACCAUGGCCUUCCGACAACACCUAUGCCUCCAAUGGGACUGCCCCCGGGCAUGCAAGGACCUCCAGGACUCGGUAUGGGUAACAUGCCACCCGGACUCAACGGCUUCCCAGGCCACGGCUCGAUGAUGCCUGGCAUGAUGGGCCCUCGUCCUGGCAUGCCCUUGUUUUCCCCGCAGCCUGGCUCGCAGAACUUCCGUCCGUUCCCACCACCGGGCAUGCACACACCUGGGUCGCUGCCAAUGGGGCGUGGAUUUCCAAUGGAUGCCCCUCCUGGAUUCAGUCCUAUGCCAGGAUUCCCCAGUCCUAUGUCUGCCUUCAAUGGUCUUGGUAUGUCGCCACACUCGCGACAAGGCUCCGGGUCCUUUGACAGACUGCCAAACGUUGAUAGUCCAAUUGCCGCUCCUCAAGCCCAACCCAUCCAACGACCAGCGCCAAUCAAGCGUCCAUCAAGUGUGAAGCCUCACGAGCAGGGAUCCGAUAUCGAUGACCUUGCAGAUCACCUUGGUAGCAAGGCUCUGCUCGACGAUGACGAAGACGAUGUUCCCGAGAUACCAGACCGCCGAUUGAGUAUACAGCAGCACGGCUCUCUUAGAGGACCACCUUUGGGUUUCGGAUUCCCAGACGCACUUGGCCAACCUAGGUCAGAUUCAUACGGUUCGUUUGGCAACCCCCAUGCUGGAAGCCUUUGGGGUACACCGCCAUCACAGUUCGCUCUGUCUGGUGCUGGUUGGGGUAAUUCGCCCACAUCGGGCAUCUUCAACAGUCCGUUCUCCAUGGGCAAUGUUCGAGGCAAUGAGCGUGGUCCCAACGAGCAACGUAUAGUGUGGUUGCGUCGUAUGGUAUGCUCGGCGUGCAAGACAAUAGCUGCCCGUCAUCCAACGCAAGAUGGCUACAUCGAUGCCGCCGAAGUGCACCACCAAAUCGACACGAUGCGGAACCCCGUCGAGUCAGGCGUGUCAUCAGAAGAGAUCAAAGAGGCGUGCGACAUCAUCGACGGUACCCACACCAACGGCGGAGGCUCCCUCGAAUACAAGGAAGUCGCCCCCGGCCGCCUCUCACACAUCAAGUUUGUCGACAACGCAGCUCCCCCGCCCGCGCUCGGCGAGAUUGGUAGUCCCAUCCCCGGCCAUAGCGUUCUGGUUGGUGGUUUUGGUGGAAGGUUUCCCGGCUUGGGUCCUCAGGGCUUCUAGGCAUCUCCUUCUUCUUUUUUCUUCUAUACUCUUCUACAUUGCAUCACUUGAACUCGACUUGACUUGAAUCCCCCCGAUAUUACCCAAUUUCUUCUCAACCCAGCAUUUUGAUAGCAGUAUCUGGUAGCUGUAGCUGUAGCUUGUACUUGCAUGGGACCAUGGGG